AUGAGCACGUCGCUCGACAAGCUGGUUACCACCACGCCGUCGGUGCGUUUCGCCGACGAGGUCGUCGACCUUGAGGCGGAGGCGGGUCCGCCGCAAGUCACGUUCGGGCGGUCCACGUCGUUCACGUCGCACAGCUCCUCCGGCGAGACGGAGGCGGCGCGGCGGCUGGCGGUGCGUCUGCUGAUCGGCGGCGCCAAGGAGGAGGGUGGCGGGGAGCCGCAAAAGGAGGGGCGCGAGCGACGCCGUCGCCACGGCAGCAGCAGCGGCGGUCGCAGCAGUGGCAGCGGCAGCGGCAGCGGCAGCGGUAGCGGCAGCGGCAGCGGCGGCGGUGGCAGUGGGGAGGCGCGAGGGUCGUGGCAGAAGCACCGUAGCUAUUCGCUGAACCAGGAGUGGUCGGGGGGGAAGCCCGUGUCGCGGUCCAGUGGGGGCGGCUCGGAGACGGAGAGCGCAGACGGAUCGAGCAAAAGCGAGAAGCGAUCGUUGGCGAAGGAAGUUACAGCGCUUCGACGACAGCUCGCGGAAUUUCAAGCUGCGAAUCAGGACCUUCUAGACGAGCUGGACCGCAAGUCGCUGGCAGUGGCGGCAGCGGAGGAGGCGGUGAGGGACGCGCGGGCGGAGCGGGAUCUGAUGGCGGCGGAGAUGGAGGCGGCGCUGGGCACGUGGACGCUGGCGGUGGACGAGGCCAAGGAGGCGGCGCACGCGGCGGAGGCGGCGAGGGAGCAGGUGGCGGAGCUGGAGACGGAGAACAAGCGCCUGUGGCAGCUCGUGGAGCUCAUUCUUGAGCAGAAGGACAAGGCCGCGCUGGACGGCGCUGAUGGCGCUGGCAAGUUCGACCCCACCACCAAUGCACGCAUCAUCUCUGUGCCUGCCUGCCGUGGAGUGCGGGAGAGCAGGGUCGUUUCACUGGCACCCACUCCUGGUUCCUUCCCAGCUUGUAGUUGGUGCUUAUUUGGUCUGUCCCGGGUGGUGCUGCCAUUCACUGUGCCUGUGGCAUGCACUCGGCUCACCCGCCCUCACUACCCGCCCUCCCCACCCGCCUGCCGUGUCCAUGUGUGGUGCUUCCAGGAAGGUGCUAGAGUCGGUGAAGAAACCGAGUCACAGGAGCUCGCCGUCCCCCAGCCGCCCGGCCACGGGCAGCAGCAGCAGGCGGGGGGGCAGUGGGGGGUCGUCGGGAUCCAAGGCGGCAGGGGACUCGGAGAGGGCAGGCGAGUCGGGCUCUCGCAGCAGCAGAUCGUCAUCGUCCAAGCAGGUCCGCUGGGUAUGGCGACGGCGUCGCAAUCGCCGCCUGAAGCGGGCAGCACGCCACGUGUCAUCAAGCUGGAGGCGAUCCCGCUGAGCCGCGAGGCGUUCGCGCCGUUCGGCGAGGUGGUGGAGCCCGCGGAGGACGGCGUCGCGUUCGGCGCGGCGGACGCCGCCCUCGACCUCUCGCAGGGCGCGCCCAGGGUGUACAUAAUGCGGCUGAGGGACCGGCGGCUGGGGUUUGGCAGCAUCACGCACCACGCGCGCGUGACGCAGUGCCUGGGCGCCGUGGGCGGGCAGCCGUGGUUCCUGGGCGUGGCGCCGCCCUCCCUCGUGCAGGAUGGGGAGGGCCGUGAGGGUGGUGGCGCUGAUGGCAGGGCGGUGAAGCAAGGGGCGGCAGGGCAGAGGUACCGCCCUCCCGAGGUGGGGGCGGUGAGGGUGUUCCGCAUGGAGGGCGCAGUGGUGGUGAAGCUGCACGCCGGCACGUGGCACGCUGGCCCGCUCUUCACUGCGCCGUGCAUGGACUUCUUUAACCUCGAACUGCAUGACACCAAUGUGGUGGACCACACAACGCACAGCUUUGCUGACAGCAACGGUGUGGUGUUUGAAUUUGACGAUGCACAAUCGUGA